GCGCCACCCCGUCAAACCGGCAGUCGAUAACAGUACGUACACCCGAGCGCGUCGACGUUGCGUCUCUCCCGUUCGCGACGAUGUCGCGAGGCAAAUGCGCGCGCUAGGCUCGGAGUACGAGCCAGUCCGCGAACAUCGGGCUAGUCAGUCAGUGGCAGGAAAAAAUGGCGGAUGUCGACUUGAAUAUCGACAACUUGAUACAGAGAUUAUUGGAAGUAUACCACACGCAGAAAGACCAGGUUCAGAAGAAAGCCAAGCUAAAAGAUAUUUUCUCGUCGGACUUUGUCGUCAGAGGAUGUCGACCGGGCAAGACGGUCAUCAUGACGGAGGCCGAGGUUCGCGGCCUCUGUCUCAAGUCCCGGGAGAUUUUCCUGCAGCAGCCGAUCCUCCUGGAGCUGGAAGCGCCGCUUAAAAUCUGCGGUGACAUACACGGCCAGUACACCGAUCUUUUGCGGCUGUUCGAGUACGGGGGUUUUCCGCCCGAGGCGAACUACUUGUUUCUGGGCGACUACGUGGACCGAGGGAAGCAGUCCCUGGAGACGAUAUGUCUGCUGUUGGCGUACAAGAUCAAAUAUCCGGAGAAUUUCUUCCUGCUGCGCGGCAAUCACGAGUGCGCGAGCAUAAACAGGAUAUACGGCUUUUACGACGAAUGUAAACGACGGUACAACAUCAAGCUCUGGAAAACCUUCACGGAUUGCUUCAAUUGUUUGCCGAUCGCCGCGAUCAUCGACGAGAAAAUCUUCUGCUGCCAUGGCGGACUCAGUCCUGAUCUGCAGGGAAUGGAGCAAAUCAGAAGAAUUAUGCGUCCGACUGAUGUACCUGAUACCGGUCUCCUCUGUGAUCUCUUAUGGUCCGAUCCCGAUAAAGAUGUUCAGGGCUGGGGUGAAAACGAUAGAGGUGUCUCGUUUACAUUCGGUCCAGAUGUUGUGUCGAAGUUCCUGAAUCGUCACGAUAUGGAUCUUAUAUGCAGAGCGCAUCAGGUGGUCGAAGACGGUUACGAAUUCUUCGCCAAACGACAACUCGUCACGCUAUUUUCCGCACCAAACUAUUGUGGCGAAUUCGAUAAUGCCGGCGGAAUGAUGAGCGUCGACGAAACCUUGAUGUGCAGCUUUCAAAUCUUGAAACCAUCAGAAAAAAAAGCAAAAUACCAAUAUGGAGGAAUGAACACAGGUCAAACAGGUAGACCAUCUACACCACAAAGGAAUCCAGCAAAAAAGAAAUGACAGCCUUCAACCGAUCCUGCACAGCAACAAACACGAUUAUCCUUAAUGGAGGCUAUCAUGCUAGGUAAAUCUGCUUUAUGCUUAUCGAAGCUUACUUAAUCACUCUAGCCGACCACUUAUGUGCAUUAGUAUGAAUCUAUUUCCCACGAUUAUCGGGUUAAAAAAAGAAAAAGAGAAAAAAGACAGAAAAAAAGAAAUGAAAGGAAAGAUUGAGAGAGAGAAAGAGAGCGGAAGGAAGUGAAAUGUAGAACAUUACUCGAUGUGUUUUAAGUUCGCGCAAUGAUUCGCCGAUGAUUUAAGUGUUAUAUUUAGCACGCGAUAUUACCAACACGUAUACAUGUAUGACGCACUCCGGAGCGAAUACGAUUUAAAUAUGAAGAUUUAUGGGGUAAAGAUACAUUAAUUUGAUUUACGACACGUCACAUACGGACAAACAGGCUUGCAAAAAUUGUUAAUGUGCUACGCCUGUCAAAAACACCGAGCACUUCGUCUCGGAUGCCAGAUCUGAUCUCGUCUUUGGUUUUCAUGUGUUUCGAAGACGUUAAAAUUUAGAACUAAUUUAAUCGAAUAAAAACAUUAAGUAAAAUGUGGAAAAAAUUUACCUCUUUAAUUACAACAAAAUUAGAAUUAUAAAUUGUAUCCACGGCAGAUAUAAACUUUGAUUAACAUCGUAUUUGACGAAGGGUUGCUCUCAAAUUUUCGCGGCGAUUGCAUUAUUCGGUGACAUCUUCCAUAAAUAGAGUGAUUCUUUAUAAAGAUAACGCUCUUUAAAAAGCAUUUUAUCAUUCUCAUUUGUAUUUAUUGCUUCCACUGUUGAUGUUGAGUGUAAUUAUGAGAACUUACUGUUAUAUUAUUAUUAAUAUUAAUAUUAUUUUUAUUAUUUUUUUAAAUAUUAUUUCUAUCACUGCUCAAUGCAGUGUAUAUUUAAAUGUCAUCAUUUCACAGAGAUGCUGCGCGCGUGUAUAUAGAUAGAUAUAUAUGCAUAUACAUAUAUAUAUAUUUUUUUGACCAUUUAUCCUUUUUCUUUUAAACUAUUAUCCAUUAUAUAAAUUUAAUUAUAUCAUCAUGUGCAGUAUUCCGAGCGUGGUAAUAACUGCCUGUUCCAGAGAUAUGUCGUAGAUGAAUUAGAUUAUUUAUUAUCGGGUGAUCAAUUCGGAGAGAUAAACAAGUUAUAUACAGGGAAUCAGUAUUUUUAAAACGACGCUUCUCUACGCUCUCUCUGUCGAUUAUACUUUUAUUCGAGAGAUAGAAGAAGAGGGGAUCGCGAAAAAAAAAGAAACAAAAACGCGACACGUCAUAGACAGAAAAAAAAGGUAUUUAGUGACAGAAUCUCAUAGUCGCGAGCUUCUUCUCACGCUGGUGAGAAAAGCGAAUAUUUGUCGUUUGAUUUGUAAAGAUUUGUCGCAUAUCGUUAAAGUGAUUGCUUUGGAUCGCGCAAACAGUUUCAGUGAUGGUGUUAUCAAAUAGGCGGAUCAUUAAUUUCUAUUUCGAUGAGUUGAAACUUCUGUUUGAUAUGAGAUAUGUCUAUGUGUUUAUAGUUAUUUAGACAGGAUUUUCACGUUAUAGGUUGAAGCUCAUUUAUUCUUAACAGAGAGACGUACGAUGGCGCAUUUAGGCAAGUUUUUUAAUGCAUUUAUUUAAACAUUUCUAAUACAUUCAUUUGUGUAUGGCGCAUCGAUCUUUUUUGUUGUUCAUAAGUUUUUCGGUCAUUCACGUGUUCCACGUAACUCUGGAUGCGUUGUAGAAAUCUUCGCCAGCUGUUGUUUCACAAAUUGUUAAUAAUUAGCUUGUUACAUUAACAUCUCCGCUGUAUUCUCGUUCUAUAUUCUCGACGUUGUAUUAUCGCUUGCAAUUGUUUGCGCGACAAAAGUCGCAUCUGGAAAAAAAUGUGUGUUUUGACAAGAAUCGCCGAACAUUACGACAAAUUGUACCGCAAUAUGUACAAAGAAAUAUUAUAAAUUAUGUGUGUACACAACAUUGUUCCAGAAAGGAAAUUUACAAUAUUCUAUGAGAAAAAAGCAGCGAUCGAUCAAAUAGAUAAUAGAGAUGUGUGAGGUUGUAUCCAUAUCGGGGAUAUCUUUCUUAAUAAUGUGCGCAAUUGUGUCUUCUAGAGAUUUAAUAUUUGUUAUCAGAGCACAGGAAAAAGAUUCAUGAAUACAAACGAUGAAUUUGCUGUCAAAAUUAAUAACGACAAAGCAUCGAUAGAGCGCAUUUGACAACCCAAAUAGAGACUGACGUUUAACGAUCGUGUUGUGCGAACUGUUAUACGCUCGAGAAAAGGACGAUCUGGAAAUAUGAAAAAAAACCCAGAGCUUACCCCGAUCUGAAAGAUCAAUCAAACUUAAUGAGUCUUUCCGUUGAAGCGACGACGCUACGAUCGGCACUCAUAUCGUUACUAAUUAUUUGAUUGUUAUUUAGCAUUAUUGAAAUGUAUUGAUAGCGAUCGAGACAAAGAUAACAGUUUAUUGUUCAAUAUACAAAAAAAGUGAAGGAAAGAGAUGCGAUGUGUGCAAAUUUGUUACGUUCUGGAACGCGCAGAUGACGAUCAUAUGUCCUUGCCACCUCCUUCCUCCUGUGUUUCUCCCCACAAAAAAAUGAUAGAAUGGGAGAUAUUAAUUAUUGUCAAAGGAGCGGUUGUGAUUCCUCUCGAUAUGCGUUUUGUCGGAGAUUCAUAUAUUAUAUACAGAUAUUAUAUUUGUAAAGAGUUGGCCGAUUGCGUGAUUCGACGAUGCUUUAAAUUAAAAAAAAAGGGAGAGAAAGAGAAAGGAAGAGAGAGCUACGCUCUCUCGUGAAAGGAGUUUGCGACUAUCACGAGGGUUGUUACAUCGUUCGAAUUGUCGACGACGGAACGCGCCAUGCAAUGGCAUCCUAGAGAUAUAAAACUUUCAGAUAAUAAACAUGCAUAUUGUUGUACAAA